GAAGGUAAACAAACCUGUGAAAUGUAAACAAAGAUCUUCUCAUGACCUUUCUUCUUGUUAUCUUUUUAUAUUAUUCAAUUAUAAAACACAUGAAGGUGUUAAGAGAGUUCAUCCGUUACGAAGAAUUACUGUAUUAUGUAUAAGGUAAUUCCAUGUUCAACUAGAGGAGGGAUUGUAAAAGUUUAAAAUCUAAGGAAGAGAUCACUUGUCAUGGAACGACCUCGGCGAAACAUCAGGCGUCCUGGGGCUCUGACUGACUUCCUGACUGUCAAUGAGUCUGACAGACAGAGCUCAGGGGGGGAAGAAGCUAAAGGAGAAUUCAGCGAACAAGAUGAAGCGAAAGAAUCUGCUGCUUCUGAAGAUGAGGGGAAACUGCUGUUAUCUCCUUAUAAGUGCGGAGAGUGCAAGUCACGUUACCGCAGCAAAGUGGCUCUCCAACGUCAUUUAGUCAAGCACAGUGGUGAAAAGCCAUUUGAGUGCUCUCAGUGUGGCAAGGGGUUGUCUAGUCAGUCAGCACUCACUGAACAUCUGAAUAUCCACACCAACAAUAAACCACACAGGUGUGAUGAAUGUGGUAAAGAGAGUCGCCAACUUAGUGUGCACCUUCGACACCUUCUGACACACCAGCCAAAUCCAGAGCUUAUGUACACGUGCUCAGUGUGUGGAAAGACCUUCAAGCAGAAUGAGUACCUGAGGAAGCACAUGCGAAAACACACCGGAGAGAAGCCAUUUGUAUGCGAAGAAUGUGGCAAAUCCUUUACUUGCAAGAGUGAGCUCAAUCGUCACAGCCAGAGACACUCAUCAGAAAGACCUUACACAUGCUCUGAUUGCGGUCAGAGCUUCAAGAUGCGUCACAACCUCAACAAGCAUCAGAAAGCACACACGGGAACUCAGCAGUGGAAGUGUCUCCUCUGUUCAGCGGUGUUUUCGAAACCUGAAUUACUGCAUGCCCAUAGAAAGACUCACCUUGAGACUGUCCAGCACCUGCAAGUCAUGAGACCCAGUGACAACACCCUGGUCGUCUCUGCUGAGGUGGAUGACCGAAGGAAACUCCCAACAGUACAUAGCCUCCAGCUCCCUAAGAAUAAUGUAGAUGAUGCCGAUUCUGAGAAAGCAAUUAGCAAGAAACUGCUGCGGAUAAAUGAUACCACUCUGCCUUUGGAAUUCAUCUUGAAGAGCGUAGGAAAAGGGAGUGCCAUUAAGAUCAAAAUCAUUGAUAAGCCUGCCCAAGCGAGAACUGCUCCAUAUUUGACAAAUGAGAACAUUGUAGAGUUGAUGGAUGAAGAGGAGCCGGAGCAGAAGGAGAGUGAAGAGGAAAGUGAAGCUCCUGUGGCUGCAGAUUCUACUGUAGAAGAUGGGAUAGAAGAAAGUAUGAACAAGGAAGCAGUAGAAGUUUCGAGUGUCCUCAGCGCAUCGGCAAGUAUAGUGAGCCACUGCCUAUCCAAGCAUUAUAAUCUAGUCAACCCAGGCUGUGAGGACUAUCGGUGCUGGCUGGCGAUGCUCACUUCCCUUUGCCAGCAGUUAGAGCCCCCCUUCGAAUUAGAGGUAUGUAAGCAUUUGAGCCAGAUCAGCAAUGCCCUCCAGCUGUGUCUGAUUCAGAGGCCUGAAGCCGGAGUGGAUCAGCUGUCAUCCCUAGAAUCAGCUGGUCUUCCACGAAAUCUGUUUUGUGCCGACACUUCACAAUAUCAGUUUAUUUAUGAACAGUAUUUGACAAUUUUGAAGUCACUGCAGGAACAUUUUGAUUUUAUUGUUGAUAAGGAUAAGUGAAGUGUAUUUAAAUGAUGUCAUAAAGAUAAUGACUAGUGUAUUUGCAAAUUCGCAUAUACAAAAUUAGCGAUACAUUUUUAGAUGUAGAAAAAGCCUUUUGUGGCUAAUAGAAUAACAAAAAAGGUAAUACAUAUAAGAGUAUCUGAAAUUUUGAUGAUAUUACUAUUUUUAUCUGUGA